UUAUUUUCGCUUGUUUAUUGUAAAUAAUCAAGUAUAAAAUUUUCUGUUACUAAUAAACACCCAAAGAACUAGAAAUGAAAUAUUUUUCCAGCAUUAAAUCGUACAUUCUAAAUUAUGAGAUCAUCGUUGUUUCAAGUUUAAAAAAAAUGCUUGUUUCCGGUGUGAAGGCAGUUCAAGAAACAUAAGAAAGUGUACAAUUUUCAUUUAUUUUCUGUCGUCAUAUUUAGACACGGAAACGUGUUGCGUUUGAUGAAAUCUCAUUUAUUUUAUGUUCGUCUGUAGUCGAUUGUGAUCCUUGCUAUAAUACGCGUUCCAAGUGCACGCCGAGGGUGGAAUAGCGAGGUGCUUCGUCAUAGACAGUGGAAGGUAGUGCGCCCGGCGUGUGCGAGGCAGUUCAUCUGAAGCCAGCUUCCUGGAAGCCAGUAUCAACAAUUGAUCCCGUUCGUCAGCUCUCGUCCAUUGGGGCGUUACCGUUUUAUAUGACUUUAGCAAGAUAUAAAGAGACAUCAGUACAGUGCGAGGAGAGUAGUCGGUGUGUCGCGACCAGGAGACCGGCCCGCAGCCGUCGAGCGUGCAUGACGCAUACACCUAGAUAUACUGCCCGCAGACCAUCAAAAUUUUGCAGUAACAGGCACCGGAAGCUGCAGCCGCUGCGGCAGACGUGACUGGCGCGCCGCGCGGGAGCGCCGCCCCGCCGCCCCGCCGCCCGGCCGCAUGCCGCCCCGCUGACGCCGCCAGCACGCAGCCACUCGCACCUCGCUCACACACACGCCAUAGCCGCCGCUUUAUUUUAACCCGAAGACAUCGCGCAGAUCAUUCUCCCGGAGUAGCACGUGGCUGUAGCCAGCCGUCACCAUGGGGUCGGUGAACGUCAACCGGAAUGUGGCGGAUGCCUUCUACCGGUACAAGAUGCCUCGCAUCUGUGCCAAGGUCGAGGGCAAGGGCAACGGUAUCAAGACCGUCAUCGUCAACAUGCCUGAAGUAGCUAAGGCACUCGGAAGACCUGCCACUUAUCCAACAAAGUACUUCGGUUGCGAACUGGGUGCGCAGACUCAGUUCGAUUUUAAGAACGAACGAUUCAUCGUUAAUGGCAGCCACGACUCCGCCAAGCUGCAAGAUUUACUAGACGGGUUCAUCCGUAAAUUCGUACUGUGCCCUGAGUGUGACAACCCGGAGACGGAGCUGAUCGUGUCGACGAAGCGUAACACUAUCUCGCAGGGCUGCAAGGCCUGCGGGUACCAUGGCACGCUCGACUUCAACCACAAACUCAACACCUUCAUACUCAAGAACCCGCCCGCACUAGACCCCAGCAUGCAGGUAUACCAGCAGGGCUCGUCGCUGACGGAAGGCAACCGCGGCAAGCGAUCCAAGCGCUCGGGGCCUGGCGCGGCCAAUGGGAACCAUGACGGACAUGACGACGCCAAGAACCAAGAGAAUGAGGCCCCCGUGACUCCUACAACACCCAACCCGAAGACCAGCAAAAAGGAGAAGGAGAAGGAAGCUGCGGAUGAUGAUGACGACGGUUGCUGGACUGUCGACGUUAGCGAGGCUGCCGUACGCGCGCGUAUGCAAGACUUGACUGAGGGUGCUAAGAGCAUGACGGUGUCUGAGGACAGUGAGAAGAACGAGAAACAGCGCAUGGAUCUAUUCUACGCGUAUCUAAAGCAGCGAGCUGCCUCGGGAGAUGUGGACUCGAACCGCGCCAUCACGGAGAUCUUACACGAGGCUGAGCGGCUGGAGGUGAAGUCGAAGGCCCCGCUGGUGAUGCUGGAGGUGCUGGUGCGCGCCGCCAGCCUGGCCGCCGACGUGCGCCGCCACCGCGCGCUGCUACUGCGCUGCACCCGCGCCGACGGCCGCGCGCAGCGGGCCGUGCUGCACGCCCUCACCGCGCUCUGUGCGCACCAUACUGAACUGUUGCCCAAGGUGCCCGCCAUACUCAAGCUGCUAUAUGACGAAGACAUCGUGGAAGAAAAGGCCAUCCUAGAAUGGGCCGCGAAGCCAUCCCGCAAGUACGCCAGCAAGGAAGUCAUCGCCGACGUCAGGCGCCGCGCCGCGCCAUUCCUAGAGUGGCUGCAACAGGCUGAGGAAGACUCCAGCGAUGGAGACGACUCUGAGCAUGACAUCGAGAUCGAAUACGACGACCGUGCGAAGGCGACCCCCAUCAAGGCGGUGUCGGCCGCGCCCGCCAAGCCCGCCAAGCCCCAGGACGACGACGACGUCGACGUCGACAUCGACGCCAUCUAGACGUCGCGCACCACCACGCCCACGUCGCGUCUCGUCACGCGCCACAACUCGAGUCUGGUUCGCGACUCGAAGAUGUCUCUAUCAUUCCUCACGCGCUACAUCUAUGUCUUCACCGUAAACUAGUUUUACAAUUCAAGCGAAUCACUUAAGAAAUGGUCUCUCGGUCUGCCUUAUGACGGUAGGACGCUGGCGACAGCAUACAAUUAUUCUGACUAGAUGAAUUAAUACCGUACUCGAAACUUGUAUUUAAAUUCUUAUAUAUCUGUUCGGGUGACUAUGGAUUGGAAUAUGUAGUUAUCUAAGUUACACUGCAUUUAUAGGUCACACUGCCUAUUUUAUAAUAUUAGUCAAACGAUCUCGAAAUUAUAUCCAACUAAAACUGGCCCCUCACAUAGACAUAGAUAUCGUCGUCGUGUUGCGAAUCGCAGACUCGGGACCCGGUAACAGAUCGCAGACCUUUAUCAUGUAGUUCACCCUAUCUAAAGUACCUUUCCAAAGUAAUUAGUAUAGGUAUAGAUGAUCUUUUGUCCCUGAUGGGAGGUGUAAAGAUUAUUUACGCCACUAGAUGUAAUCCAAAUUAUUUCGAAAUAAUGAGCAAUUUCGUUCAUUUAGUAUUUACCACCGGUGCGUACUGAGCCAAGUACUAUCCUGCCUGCGUGAAUAUUAUUACUUAAUGUGAGGAAGUUAACAUCUCGAUGGAUAAUGUGUUAAGCAAAUCAUAUCUAAUUCAAUUAAGACUAUUUAUAGAUUACCUAGCGUAAGGACAGCUCGACAUUAAAUUUUACAGAUGUAUUAAGCAAUACCUCGUGAGAUGUCAAUGUGGAGAGUUGGUCGUGAAUACUAAAUGGACGAUGCUUCUAACAUUACUAUAUUCAAAGCUUGAAAACUAGGGUGACUGUUUAUAGGAAACUAUUUUUUUUUUCUUAUUUCCAAUACUAUGUUCCUAUAUAUAGAUUUUUUAUUAUUGUUUUUAAUCAAUUUUCCGAUAUAUAUUUUGGGACACUGUUUUAUAUACAUUGGUGUAACACCACGUGGUUUUAAAAAUGAGGAGAUAAAGAGAGAAGGUAAGAUUGAAGUCGCUACUGGCCGCGGUGUCGGCUGUAGCCGGCGGUACAGCGACGUAAGUAUCGCUCCUCCGAGCCCACGGAAUGUCACAAACUGAGAGAUGUGUAGUAAAACGUAUCAGCAAUACGGAUGGACGCCACCACGUAAUAGCAAUGAUUGAGUUUAGUAUUACAAUAUUAUAAAGUGAGCGCAGGCGUGGCCGGAGUGACGUCGGUCGCCCGGCCCUGCGUGUUUAUAUAUGUGUAUGUAAUUUAGGUUAGUUUAUGUGAUGAGGCCCUGCAGGCGUGCACUCCAUGUAAUAUACAAAGGUACUAUUUAAUAUAUUAUGUAUCGGCGCCAGCACCCGCUCCCAGCUCACCGCCGCCGCUGCGACAGACGGGCAAUGUUUCCUCUUACUAUUAACUAUUAUUAAAAUAGAAUAUUUUGAAAUUGCCAUCUGACAAUUUUAUUAGAUUGUUUUGUAUUCAAUACAUUUUGGAUUCUGA